GCACUCUAUUUGUUACUGAUAUUCCGCGUUUGUAGGGCACGAGAAAUUGUUCCCAUGUUCAUUAGUGGACUGGUCAUCAAUAUACUGAAUAUAGGACAAUUUUUUGCUCUCUGCUCUCAAGAAUUAUUUAUUCAUUUCUAUUAUAGUCAAUCUCUCGAACAAAAGUUUAAAGCAUUUUGGUAUUAACUAUAAUAGCUUAAGAGUUUGCGUCUUAUUCUCUUUCAGCCAGAUUUUGAUUGAGCGGAAAAAUGGUGGGUUUUUUGGAAAGACAUGUACAACGGUUUCAAAAAGCUUUACGUGAACCCGGACUGAUAAAUGACGUGUUAACUAUUGUUGAAGACAACGUUGGAGUGGAUCGAAUCUAUAUUGCUCCUGGUGCUAUCGGAUUUCUGGCAGUCUAUUUAGUUUUGGGGUUUGGUGCCCAGCUAGUCUGCAAUACUAUUGGUUUUGUUUAUCCAGCAUAUGCAUCAAUUAAAGCAAUCGAGACAAACUCAAAAGAUGACGACACGAAAUGGCUUACUUACUGGGUCGUCUAUGCUUGCUUCGGCAUGGUCGAAUUCUUUUCCGACAUUCUUCUCUCUUGGUUUCCAUUGUAUUGGCUAGGAAAGUGCGUUUUCCUGAUAUUUUGCUUUGCUCCGGUCUCUUGGAAUGGUGCCACCCUAAUCUACCGGAACAUCAUUCGACCUAUUUUCUUAAAUUAUGAGUCUGAAAUUGAACAGGUUGCUACGAUGGUCGAAUCAGAAAUCGGCCAGGCAACAACAAAAUUUAUCUCUACGGUACAACCAAAAUUGGCCGCUGGUGCUAAAUCCUUGAGUGACAGCUUGAACGAGAAUUAUCUUUAGAAGAUUUAACAGAUGCACAUGCAUUGGUCAACCAUACUUCUUACAGUUACUUCUACCAUACAUUCAUUUUUAUAACAUUUUCCUUGAAAUGAAGAAACAUG